AUGGUUAAAAUAAUAUGUAUUUUAGGAUUUGUUUUAAAUCGAAAAAAUAUUAUUCUAAUGAUUAUUGCCAUAGAAAUAAUGCUAUUAGCUGUAACACUGUUAGUUUUAAUAAGUUCAUUCACUUUUGAUGAUGGAAUAGGACAAACUUUUAGUAUCUUUAUAAUAUCAAUAGCAGGAGCAGAAUCAGUAAUAGGUUUAAGUAUUCUUGUAGCUUUUUAUCGAUUAAGAGGAAACAUCUCAUACCCUUUAAGGGAAAGAAGCUAA